CUGAAGAUAGCGGAACAAGUUUGGACAACUUCGUUUCCCACCGCUGCCACCUUUCAAUCUCACAUUGGAGAGGUUUUACCAAAGUCGAAGGACCAAGGAAGUAAUCCGGUCGAUCACUUUGAAGCAUCCCACCGCUGCCACCUUUGAGUUUUGGAGCAAUUAAGAUUAUUUUCAUUAUUGUGAAGCCUGAGAGCGGAGGGAGUAGUGGAAAUGCAAAGCGGUAGAAAGGCUGAGGGCGAUUCCUGGUUCUGACUUGACGACCUUUCUCCACGGAAGUGAGAGGAAAGGGGAAAAGGCGUCCCCAGAAAACUGCCGCGUGGUAGAUCUUCAGUGCGAUGGAUCGUCGUGACUCGUGCUCGUAUUCUUGCGGAGGCUGCGAGAGGACCGAGGGCCGAGCAGAACCGAUGGAGUAACAAGUGAGCGGCAAAGCGGCGUUGCCAUGACGACAGAGACCCACACUGUGGCGAUGACAGACCCGCAGUUGACGAACAACAAUAACAAUAACGAUGGCGAGCCAAAGUACCUGCACAAGAAAUUUAAAAAGGUCGCAUCGACAGAAGCCGCGACCAAAGUGGAGGCUAAAAAAGAGUCUCCAGCAGAAGUCCCUCCUCCAGAGAGCCCGAAGAAAAAAGACGUUAAGGAGGUGGUAGAGAAAGUUGCACCCGCUCAGGAGCCCGAAACUGAACCCACAGAGUCCAAAAAGGCCGGAUAUGUUUGCACCUACUGCAAACUUUCGUGUGCCAAACCCAGUGUGCUUCAAAAACACAUCAGGGCUCACACAAAUGAAAGGCCUUAUCCCUGCGUUCCUUGCGGCUUUGCUUUUAAAACUAAGUCCAAUCUCUACAAACACUGCAGGUCUCGUGCUCACACUCUCAAAAUCGGAUUAUGUGGUGAUUCCAGCAAGGUCAGUUCAAUUCCCACAAAAGAACUUUAUCCCGAUCCUAAAUUAUUAGUGUCAAAUUAUUUCUACUCCAUUUCUCUCCAGGUGUCUGAAGAUUCGGACAUCAGUUUAUCAGACAGCGCCAGCAAUGGAACGGGAACACCACCUCCACCUCCGACGUCGACUCCAAGUUCGACAGCGAGUACAAAGACUGUAAAGACUGGAAAGAUAUACAAGCCCAAGUUCCACACCGCCCUGCAAAAUGCGAGCAACGAGACUGAAACGUCUUCCCUGUCUUCCAAUUCCUCCAACAGCAGCAUCUCCUUAUCCUCGAGUACCUUGACAACGACGCCCGCCAGCGUCAAACCAAACGCGGAGCAGCUGCAGGAGCAUAUAGAUAAAAUUAUCACCGACAACCAAGCAAUUGUCGACGCUGUCGAUCCAAGACUCCAUAAACUGAUGCAGAGGCAGCAAAGUCUGGUCGAAACAAAAUCAACAGAACAACCUCUGAAUCUCUCGGGUGACGAGGCUUCCGUCCGGAAACGAUGCUACAGCGACAGUUUCGCCCAAGAAGGCAAAGAACCUCCAAGCUCAGAUGGUUCCAUCAUCAAGGAUCUCCUCCUAAAAACUGUUCGCCCAUCCAAUCAGGAAUCGAACCCAGAAUCGGACAACUACAUCUGUCCCUUCUGCAAAAUCUCCUACACGAGUUCCGACAAUCUUGAAGCUCACAAGAAGUUCUACUGCAAAGGUGUCAUGAGUCCAAGAAGAGAUUUUACCCUGGAUUUGGAUGAUCAGAAAACCGACUACUAUAGUCUUCAACCUCUUCAAUCUCCGGGACCUCUUCUGGGCAGCACAAGACUCGUCGAUUAUGUACCACCAAAUAAAAAAUGUCGAUCAGAAUCCGUACCCACGACUCUCAGGUCUCUGGAGGAGCUGUCCAAGUACCCGAGACCCAAUACACUUCAGAUGUUUGGCGGUGAAGUGAGAAUUGUGGACAACACUGGCGAAACGAAAACGAUGAGGAUCGAGCCACGACAGACCAACUCUCCAACGAAUGAGCACAUUGUCGGUAGUAAAUGCGCCACUUCCGAAACUUCCUCAAUUGUUGUAAGAUCGGGCCUUCACUCGGGAGGUACCAUGGUCCAUAAACCUCCCUGUGGAACUCCCGCAAGUACACCAAGUUCCUCCAUAUCUUUGCCAGAUACUCCGAAGCUCCUGGCACCCAUCGUACCCAACAUAUCAACGAACAAUUUAGCGCCCACGAUGACGUGCUACAAUUAUCUGGAGCCACAUUUAAACCCUCUGACGAGCAUCACCGCCUACAAUCCACUGACUCUGCCCCAGGCAGGAAUCGCGAGCAUUCUUCACGGCGGCAAGGUUAUCCCUUAUGUUCCCGGUAUGCCCGGUCCACACACUCUGACCAAUUCACCCACCAUAGACAUAUCUCCAAGCGUACCUUCUGGCGAUGCCACGUACAAAGUGAUUCCGGGAAUGCCGGGCCUCCACAUGAUUCCCCAGCCCUUGGAUCUCGCCAGUCCUGUCAAAGUUCACGCACCCAGUGUUCCUGGAAUCCCGGGACCAUUGGACUCUUCUCUGGGACAACCUCUGGACCUGGCUAGCUCAGCGAAGGAAAUGAAACAGUCGAGUUUCAAGAAUCCGAGUGAGGGCUUCAGGAACUUGAUGAGCCCCAAGUUAAUCAACUCUAAAGCGGACUUUCAAGACAAGUACCGAACCGGUAGAUCUCCCAGUGAACUCAGGGAUGAUCGACUUUCUCUCCAGAAGCCUGAAGCCUCAUACGACAGUCCGAAGCAUGAGAAGGUGUUUAAUUAUCCUGAGAGCGGUGAUCUCAAAUCACCGAAUUCUUACAGCAAGAUGAGGUUCUCGCCGAAGCUUGAACUAAGUCGGAAGCGACCAUCAACCUGGAAUGUUGAAGAGCUGGAGGAAAGGACAGAUAGAAAUUGUAUCGAGAAAACGGAGAUGUCAGUGAAAACGAUGCGACACAGUCCCAUUUCGCGACUUGAUUCGAUUCCUCAGCACGAAAAUGGAAGAGUCAAGCCCAAUACGAUGAACGGGAAACUAAAGCCUGAAUCACCAGUGAUAUUUGUGAAUCUUGAUUCCAAGACAGAAGUGCCAAAAACUUCCGUAGAUUUAGUUGUCAGAGAUGACAAGCCGAGAGAGGAUGAGACAGAAGAGACUAGUACUAAGUUUUUGAGACCAUCGUCAUUGCCAUUGAAGCCGGGGACUUUCACGCCCAAGAAGCAUCACGGAAUCACACCGACGGCGAACACUCUUCCGCUGAUAAGUCCCGAGACGCCGCGACAAAGAAAGUCUUACGGGCAGGUUUUCUUCAACGGGCAUGCCUACACGUACCUGGGGCUGAAGUGCUCGACGCGAGUCUAUUAUUGUACUGUGAACAGGGCACAGCCGAUGUAUGUUAUGCUGCGAAGUGGACUCUCGAUGUAUUCGAAUUGGAAUAUUUGCAAGAAAGCGCCACCGGAUAUGGUGCAUUAUGACUCACGACACAGACCUAUGAAUUACACGAUUGCGUCGAUAAAACAAGAGGAUAUUAUGACACAUUCUUCGCAGAGGCCAACAACGCCUAUCACGCCCGAUAGUGGACUGGAAAGUGAUACCCAGGAGAAGGCGAAGAGAAUUAAAAUAUUUGAUGGUGGAUUCGAGAGCAAUGAGGAUUACACGUAUGUGCGAGGACGAGGUCGCGGACGUUAUGUUUGUGAGGAGUGUGGUAUCCGAUGCAAAAAGCCAUCAAUGCUGAAAAAACAUAUCAGAACGCACACGGAUGUUCGACCCUACACUUGCAAACAUUGUACUUUCAGCUUCAAAACGAAAGGCAACCUAACGAAACACAUGAAGUCCAAAGCUCACUACAAAAAGUGUGUCGAGCUCGGAAUAGUGCCAGUGCCAACAUCAGUAUGCGACGAGAACAUCGACAAAGAAGCAAUUGCUCGUCUGCAGGCCGGUGGUGGAAACGGCGAAGAGUCCUCUUCCGAAGAAGAUGACACUGAGGGCGAGGAAAGUGAAGAAUCCGGAAGUGAAGAACAGGAAGCGGCCCAGAGCCUUCUCAGUUUAGCCCAACGUACUUCCAAUAGCUUACCUGGUUUGAUUUCUUCAGGACGACCAACAACAUAUCCAUACACCCUGAGUCUUCCCAGUACUUCCGUAACAACCUCCGUUAUUUCAACAUCUGCAAAUUCCAGUCCACUCACCUCACAAGGAACUUCAGUCAUUCAAAACGAACUCUCCCAUCGAUAUUAUUUUCCCUCGAAUCGCACAGUUUCCGAAGAGUCGAGAUCAGAAAGCAGAUCCGAAUCGAGAUCCGAAUCGAGAUCCGAAUCUAGAUCUGAGUCCAGAUCCAGCGUCAUUCAGUCUUCCAUCAAGGAUGAAUCGGAUCUCGAAAUUGAAGAAAUCGAACCAGUUCCUCGUCACUCAUCCCAGCCAAUGGAUCUCACGACGAAGCAAAUUUUUCAAACGAUCCCACCUUCAAAUCACAGAUCCAAGCCUUCUUCUGAUAUUUUAACACCAGUUUCUGAACCUAUUCUUCUUCAAACGAUUGUCCAGAGUAUGGAAAGGUUACCAGUUCAAGGUAGGGAGUGGAAGCCUGAGACUGAUGGACACAUGUUGCAGGCUUAUCUGACUGAAAGACACGUGAUGGACAGUAAAAUCAAGGAGCAGUAUCGUGUCGGGAGCUGCAAAGUCGACAAGCAUACCAAAGAGAAGAGAGAAUUGUACUUACAACAGGAUCCCAUCGUCUCGAGUCUCAACGUUGAGUCGCACGGUGUGCCAACUGUGACCUACACAGAUCCAACGAAAUUGCCGGCCACAGUUCUGGAAUCGAGGAUCAAGAACGUGUCGAAGCAGGCCUCGGAUGAUAUCAAGAUGGAGAUCCGGGAGAAGAUUUAUCAGAAUAAUGUCAAUAUGGAGAGGCGGCCUUUCGAUAUUGAAUCGAUUCACAAAGACAAGGAUCUCCCGCGAACUCCUCUGUCCCGAGAUUGCUACGAGCCUCGACUCAUCAAUUCAGUUGCAAGAACAUCGGUUGACUACAGCAUGAUCAUGACUUCCAGUCUGCCAGAUCGAAGCAAUUUUGUCGUUGAUCUGCCAGCUCUCAAUUCACAGAAUCUAGACUCGCAGAAGAGUUUUCUUCAGGAUGUUAACAAUCGGAUUGGAUCGCACGUGAAGAAUGAAAUUGACAGGAGUUCGAUUUUCAACUCGAUGAAGAUGAUGCGGGAUGUUGAUAGAGCUCGCGAAAUCACGACUCAGUCCAAUAUUGAUGUUAGGAUAGCCCCGGAACUGAAACACAGAUCUCAGACGCCCGAUUUAAGACCGCCCAGUCGGGAAAUUCGCACUCCGGAUUUACGGCCUCCGAGUCGCGAGAUGCGAAGCCAAGAUUACAGGAUCUCCAGUCAGGAGCUUCGAAAUCCUAAUCAGGAGUUUAAGAUUUUGCAUGAUCCAAGAGCAAAGCAGGAAUUUUCGCCUCUUCCUGGCAUGGAAAUGUCUUCUUCAAUUGUGGAAGCUAGACCGCCGAGUCGAGACACGCGAAUUUCAGAUUAUAGACAUCAGGAUCCAAUUUUGCAUGAGUCGGCGAAUUUGCAGGAUAUUCCAAGAACACAGGGAUUGGAAAUUAGGGUUUCGGAAAGAUCGGAUUCGAAGCUGGGUGUUGAGAUUCCAAAGCAGACUAUUCAUGAGAGUCUUAAACAUUCGAUGGCGAGGAAGAUGGUGGUUGGAAGUCCGGCUUUUCGACUUCCAUCGUCACCUGGAGGAAAUUCGAAGCCGCAGGCGGAAUUCUUACAACCAUCGGGUGGUCCUACUCCGAAUUAUGUCAGUGUGAUGGAGGAUGGAAGAAGUGUUUGCGGAAUGUGCAAUAAGGUCUUCAGCAAGGACGCAAAGGAGAGUCAUCUGAGGUUGCAUAUCAACAUUCACUACUUCGAGAGACCAUUCAGGUGCGAGAGUUGCGCAAUUCCUUUUAGAACCAAGGGCCAUCUGACGAAGCACCAGCGAUCCAUUUCCCAUCGGAAUAAGGUCAGCAUGACUUCUACUUUCGGUGCAGCAACUAGCAGCAAUCCGAGGCCUUUCAAAUGUGAUGAUUGCAACAGUGCGUUCAGGAUACAUGGACACUUGGCCAAACAUUUGCGAAGCAAACUCCACAUUAUGAAGCUGGAGUGCUUGGGGAAAUUACCUUUUGGGACCUACGCUGAAAUGGAGAGGUCUGGUGUCAAUCUCAACGAUAUCGACACUACGGACUGUGAUAAUAGUCUUACUAGUCUUCAGAUCCUGGCUCAGAAACUCUACGAGAAAGAUCCAAGCAAAAUGAGUCAAUGGGACAUGGAGUCUGUUCAGAGUCAAGGAGCCAGUAGAGGUGAAACUUCAUCAGACGAGGGUGAGCCAAUUCCAUCUCAUCCGAUUCAUCAAUAUGCAAGUCAAGUUGGCCCCGACGGCGAAGUCUCCCGAGCAUAUCAUAUGCCAAUUCACGAGGAAUCGAAAUCUUUGGCUUUCAAGUGUUCAAUUUGUUCAGCGUCAAUGCACACCUUGAAGGAACUGCAAGUCCACUGUUUCGUCGAGCACAACAUUGAAACCGAAUCGCGAGAAAAGGACAUCUCUUCCUCCUCCUCGUCCUUGCAGAAACGUUUUCCCGAAGAGAUUGCAAUUCGACAAGACGUCGAGGCUGCUGCGAAAAAACUAGAUGAUAUAUAGUGCCAAAAUAUUUCAAUUUACGAGAGAAUAUUUAACUUUUUCGUUAACUGUUGGGCAGUUUAGUAAAUCGCUCGUAUGUUUUGAUAACAAAUACGGCCACAAGUUCAAAUCUACGCACUGCAUCUUCCAGUUAAAGGCGACUCUCUUCAAUCGGAGAAUGAGGACCGAAGCAUUUAUCCAAGACAAGAAGAAGAAGUAAGUCUUUAAAAAAAAUGAAAAAAACUGGUCUUCCCAUUACUCCCUUUCAUUGAAAAAAAAAAACACGAGAUUUCAGUACUGUUAUUGUCUCAAGAAUGAUAUUUAUGUGCCCAUUAUAGUUUUUAGCUAGUGUUUUAGGGUGCUAUGGACUGGCAUGUGAUUCUGUAUUUAAAGUGCAAAUGUUGCGUGCAAACUUAAAGAGUAUUCUAAUAUUACGAAUUAAUAUUAUCUAUUAAUCAUUCGUAUAUAUUAAACACACACACACACAUAUAUAUAUUAUAUAUAUAUUUGUAUGAUAUCGCAGCGAAGAACCAUUGCAAAAGAUAUUGUUGACACAUCGGAGAAAUUGUGUUUUGUAUAUAUUUCUGUAUAGAGACUUUCGACUCGCGCCAAACAUUACUUAGUAUUAGCGUUUCAACCCUUAGGAAACAGAUUGGAAUUUUUUUUUUCUUCGGAUCAGACGUUUUAAUCCUUUAUCAGCAGUCUUCCCCGAACAAUUUUUAGACAAUCGUCCUCCGAUCGAAAAAGAAUUCUUCCCAUUAUCAACGAUUGCAUCUAUCGAAUCGACUUUUGAACAUCGAAUAGAUUAGUAUCAGUGUUGGGAAGUUACAAUUUCAAAUCAUUUAAAGUAUGAAUUUUAUUUUUUGUCCGGAAAUUUUAUAAAUUUCUAGAAGAGAAUAUCCAGUUGCUUGAAAUAUCACAAAUUUCAUAUGAUAUGAUAGAAUACCAUUUUAUAUCAUUUUUAUUUUAACUUUUUAGUUAUAUAAUCAUUGAGUUUACAAUGAGGAAUUAUACAAUCUUUUACUAUAAAGUUUUUUUAUUG